AUGCCGAGGGCAAACUGCUCCAUUUUUGGUUGUGGAACUAAUAGACGACAUACUGGAGUCGGAAUUUUUAGGAUUCCGUCGGGAAAUGAUGAGAGAUCGAAAGCUAUUCGUGACGAGUGGAUAAGGAUAAUUACAAAGUAUUGUGUUGUUGAUGCGAAUUUUCGUAAACAAAUCGAAUCUGGCAACGUUUAUGUGUGCGAGAGACAUUUUAAAAAGGAGGAGAUCGAAUGUC